AUGGAUCUGGAAGGUGCAGACGGCGACGACGCCACCGCCGCCGCCAUGGCCCAAAUGAUGGGCUUCUCUUCUUUCGGCGCCCAGGACCGCCCCCAGAAGAAGCGCAAGUACAACGCCGGCGCUGACGCUUCAGUGGCUGCCGCACCGGUAUCAGCAUCCACGGGGUCGAACUCUACGCCCCUAGGCUCCCGGUCGAGCGCUCCUACGGCUUCCACCAACACCGACGAGAUUGGCCUAGACGACGAAGACGACGAAGACGACGAAGCGAGCCAAGGGCGAGAGGCCGCCGCACCUGCUCCGGUAGCAGCAUCUCCUCGGCAGCCGCCGCCGCUACCACAUGGACUACCUCAGCGUCCAGCCCCGGGAACAGGCUUCGUGGGCGACGCCUCAGUCUCCGUCCCGGCUCAGCAAGACGGCCAACUGCACCGUCACGCGUCGUCCCUGCCGCCGCCGCCGCCGCACCACGACACCGGUCAGCCCGGAACCCCGUGGUACGAGGGGUAUUAUGAUACCCUGUCGAACCGGAAUCCGUGGGAGAAGCUCGAAAAGGCCAUCGGUCUGGAGGCGAAGGGGACAUGGCUCACGCACCAAGAUGGCUAG